GCGGGCACACUAAGCCAAACGAAAAUAAUUUUGUUACAAAAAAAAUCAACAAAUCGUAUUGUUAAAUGGCCGUGCGAACACGAACGACCAUAAAUCCGCCGCAGCGCUCGAUUGCAAAUCAAAUCCUCGAGGCAGUCGGUAGUUAAUAAUACCGCAGAGCGGCCAGAUCGGGGGAUAUCUACCAUCCAUAUCCGAGUAUCCUCCAACGAAAGAUCGGAGCAAAUAGUGGAGGAGAUCCCGUGUAGAUCCGGAGUUACGUGAUUCCCGGCGACACGGAUUCGAUUCUGGCUGGGAUUGGGCUACGAAUUGGAGGACUGCCAUCGGCGGAUCAUCGAUGCAACAAUGAAUGUUCACAAGCGGCCACGUCUGGAAAUGGAAUUCGGCUCCUCCACCAGCAACACCAACACUUCCACAUCCUCGUCCUCCGUAAACAGCAGCAAUGCGAAUCCAACAGCUGGGCCUGGCCUCAUGACCAUCGCCAAUCACCACACCGCUGAUUUGUCGGAGGCCCUGGUUAACGGUUCCUUUGCCAACGGUCAGCAAAGCCUGAUUCUCACCAGCGACACGGGAAACCCGCUGAUGAAUAGCCAAGGUGCUCAGAUAUUCCUCACCAUUUGCGGGGACGAGAACUCGGACGAUUCGCAGGAGUACUAUACGAUUAAACAGGAACCGGGAUGCGAUCUAGAUAUCCAUUCGCUGCUGCCCAGCAAUCUGCAGCUGCCCAACAAUCUGCAGCUUCCCACUGGCUGUGAGAUUUAUUUGGUCAAGGAAACUGGCAGCUUAAUGGGUGAACCUCCGACCAAGGCGGCCAUAAAGCUGGAACUGGAUACGCUGAACGAAAAGCCGCGCCUUCCACCUGUUAAAACUUCCUCCAGCACACAGUCACCGGUAAUAACCGCCCAGACCGUGAAUCCACCCAUUCCAGGUAGCACCACCACCAGCAACAGCAGCACCAGCACCACCAGUGUCCUGUAUGGCGAUGCCCACGCCCACGCCCGAUCCCAGCCAGAAUCCGCUGGCCAAACACCAUCCAGCAAACUGGAGGCGUACAAGAAACGCGAUGACAAACGUCGUGCCACGCACAACGAAGUCGAACGCCGGCGCCGUGACAAGAUCAACAGCUGGAUCUUCAAGCUCAAGGAGAUGCUGCCUAGUCUGAGCUCCAGCUCCAGUUUCAGCGAGGCCAGCACGAGUCCCAGCACCAGCGGAAGUACGAAUACCAACGGAAGUAGCAAAGGCAAUGCCAGCAGUUCCAACGGACGAGCGCCGCCCAAUGACUCCAAAUCGCAGAUCCUGAUCAAGGCGUGCGAGUACAUCAAGAGCAUGCAGGGCGAGAUUGACACGCUGCGCGACUGUCUGAGGGAGACGGAUAGCCUGAGGGCCAGCAACCAGGCGCUGCGUGAGGAACUCGAUCGCCUGAAGCGUCAGCAGCAGCUCCAGGAACGCUUCCACACGGCCAGCGGAAGAUCGACGUUUAAUGUUACGCUCAAUUCGUUGAACAGCUCCGCGACCAGUGAUCUAUUCGAGGGAAUCGAUACGACAACCAAUCUGGCCGCCGUCUCGUCGCUGGGAUUCGGCAAGCGUGGCCUGCUGAUCAGCGACUUCGAUGAGUAAACCAAUGCUGCCGGCGAUAUAAGAGUGGAUAGCCAAAAGAAAAAAGCGAAAAAACAUAUGGGUGGACCGAUUGGAUUGCGGGCUACGGGAAUAAGCAAAUACGGAGGCGGCGGAUGGACAAGCGCUGGCGCCUUCAACAAACAUAUACGCCCAUCCACCAAAGAAUGACGUGCAACGUACACGCAACGCAACACACGCAGUACAAUAAACGGACAUGACGAGUGAUUCCUUGUUAUCGCCGCUCUGUUAUAUGUUAUAUAAGAUAUGUAUCGAUAUGUAUAUGGUUAUGUAUAUGGCUAUGUAUAUGCGCAUGCAUAUGCAGUCGAACUUGGGUGACUCAAGCCAAGUUGUUGGCCUAACCGCUUUGACAAAAAGCUGUUCUCAAUUGAGUUUAAUUAACGAGCCACGGCACAACACAGCUGCUUUUGUAUGUUAUAUGUAUCCGUUAUUGGUAUUAUUCCUGCCCUACCCCCUGCUCCCCCCUCCCAUAAAAGUGAGCGCCCGAAAAAAAAGAAAUCAUGAAAAUAACGAUCGAACGAAUUUUUGUACCACCCAUGCCGCGAUCAUUAUCAUAAUUUGUUUUGAGUUCUGGGAUAUUAGAUCACAAACAAAUAUUGUUGAUAAGAAGCUUUAAAGCACGUUCUGUUCUUCCAUGUUCUUUUUUUAUAUAUAUUACAUUAUGUUUACGAAAUACGUUUUGAUUUGCGCAGCGAAUCCAUAACUAAGCCAUGUUUCAAACAAAUUCUUUGUGUUCAUUCGAGUGGAUACUUUCAGAAGUUAGUAUUCACUUUCAACAAGAGAUUGUUGUACUUAAAGCGAAAUAUGUCAUGUAAACAAAUUGAAAAAAUAGCAAAAGAUAAGUUUAAGUAUAAGUAAUUUCUUGCUGAAAGUGAAAGUGAAAACUGAAGUGUAAACGUAGUUUUCGAUUUGUUGUUAUACAGGAAAUUAGUUGUAAGUCUGAAGCUUGAGUAGCAAAAGUUCGAUUGAUUGCACAGAUGUGAAAUGAUUUUUGUUCUCAGAUCCUCAAGCCGUUUGCCAUCAUUAUAUAGAAACAUACAUACCUAUGAAUUACCCAGAAAUACAAGCCUAGAAAAAAUCUAAAAGCGUUAACGAUACCUACCUAUUGCAUAUAUACCUUCAACUAAAUCAUAUUUGGAGCAUGUUUGCGCUUGUUUUUUCGAUUUUAUUGUACUGUUUCUCGCACUAAUUACCUACAAAAAAGAAAUGUAACGAAAAUAUACUAUAUCUAGUUAUAUCGUAUA